AUGGCACACCUAGCAACUCGCCAAAGGUCAACAGACAUGCGAGACGCCGCGGACGCGAGAAAGACGUCGCCUCCUCAGCCCAAGAUCACAAACUCCAGCGUGCCGGGACAAGGACCGGAUAAGCUCACCGAGGAGCAGAAGCGCGAGGUCGACGAGCACAACCGCGAUUUCGAGAAGAAGCACGACCGAGCGCAACCAGCUGCCGAUGACAAGGUUGACAAGAAAUUCUGGGGAAGCGGGACUGAGGAUACCAAAUAA